AUGAAACCUGAGAGUAUCAUCAAGGACCCAUCAUUUGAUUUGUUUGAAGGAACACAUUCGCUGGAGAUAGACAACCUGAAGCUAGACUCGAGUCUUUUGGAACUUUCGCCAGAAGAAAAGCGUUUCGAUUGCUCAACCCCCUACGGUGGCUCUGAGGAGGAGAAACUGAAAUUUGUUACUGCUGUCGCGGAUCGUCUAUGUAGAUCUAUUAUGGUGUGGCUGGCCGGCUUCCAAACGUUACCAACGACUGUGCUGAGUUGCCGCUACGUGGAAGACGCAGUAAGGCGAUAUACUGAUGAUCCCAGCACGGAUUUAUCCUCGUGCUUACUCCAAACAGGCAACCCGCUUUUUGAUCAGGUUCUAACCAGUUGCGUAGUUGGAUCAUGCUUCUUUGUGAAGUUUGUAAGUACGCUCUUCAAGGCCGGUGUCGUUUUCGAAGAGGAGGACUUGAACUGCAACACCAUGGGUCUAAAUAUGCUAUCCAUGGUUCCCAUCACUACUAUCAGAGAACACAUGGACCGCAGCAUCGCGUUGUUGGAAGCCGAGUAUAAGCACGCUGACCAGCUUGUACUCAUUUUGAAACUCCUCAGAAACCUAAUUGAGUUUCAAGACUAUUUGCCUUCCAAGGCUGAAGAUCUCGCUGCGCCCAACAAGCAGCCAUUGCUCGAUUUAAUGCAAUGCGCGCAGAAACUCAAGGUUUACGCACCGGUUGCUCCCGAAGUGUGUACUGGCGCGUUCUCACCCGGCAUCCAAAAACGGCUUUCAAAUCAGUUCCCACCGAGAGACAUCGUGGAAUCCGCUGGAGAGGAAUACGAGGCAUAUGUGGAACUGUGCGUUGAUAUGCUAAAGGUUCUGGCUGUUACGAGUGCUAGAUCUGCCUCCGAGACGUUACAAUUUGCCUUUUUUUUCAACAGAACUAGGCAAAGACAUGUUGUUGCCAGGGCCUUUUUCCCAUUGUACUUAAUGAGGGAUGAUCAAACAGUGCUUGGGAAAUACACAUUCAAUGAUUUUUCAAAAGAACAUCUUUUGGAUUUCUCACUCUGUGGAACAAACCUUGCGCACGAGCUGCUCGAUGCCCCUGAAAACUCGGCUUUGGUGCAAAAGUUCAACGAGUUCAUGCAAGAAGUCUCAGGAAUUCUGUUUGAAUGGUACCAAAACACGGCUCAAAAUAGAUGCAGGUAUAGACAGGGCUAUAAUCGCCAGCUCUUGUUGUGGGACUCUCUGCAGGCCCAAAUUGAGACGUUCGAGCUGGAGCUGGAGGCCCAAGGUAUCAAAGAUGAGCUUCAAGACAGCAGUUCUUUCAUGCCCCUGACCACUUGGGUGUUCUAUAUGAAAUUGCGAGCGAUGCUGGACUUUGUUCUGAAGGGCUUUGAGUUAGACGUGUACAAGCCAUGGGAGUUCUUCUCAAUGUUCUGGUAUGCUUACUACUUGGCCCAGCACCUCGAGAACUGCCUUCAAAGGACCCUGGGAUUUAUCGAAAAGCUGAUCACCUCCAUCCACAACAUGAACAAGAAGCUAAAGAAGCUGAAAGCCGGCGAGAAGAAGGAAAAGUUGCGCGCCAAGUACCGGUGGAGCAUGGAAAACGACAUCCCGCAGCUUAAUGCAAACCUCAAAUUCGUCACCUAUAGCUUGAUGGAGUGCACUGCAGUGAAGGUCCUCUCCUUGUCACAAGUCUUCCACUUUGCGGUUCUCCAGUCAUCGGGCUUGAUAGACAGCAAGCCCCCAGGCGGCAACAAGUUUACCUCGCCUGAGUUCAUCCACAAGCUCAGGUUCAAGACUUUUGCGUCCAUUGGUGUCCCCGAGCUGCCAUCUUACCAAGUUUUUGAGAACUCUUUGAAAGACUUCACAAUUGCAGAGCCCAUGUUCACUGCAAAAUUGGCGAGAUCGCUCGCCUUCACCAAAUCAGAGCUCGAAGGCGCCAAGGCCGCUAUCGACACCAUCGUGCACGCUAUCCACGUAGGCGACGGCGAGCCAAACCUGAGCGUUAACACGGGCACAAGACUAGUAAAGGAGCAGGCUGACGCACACUAUAGCGCUCUCUUGCGCACCUUUGAAGCGUUAGUCGCAAACGGGCAGAGCCUGCAAGCUAAGCUCGGAAGCGUCAAAGACGGUAGCCCCGCCGCAAGAUAUCACGUCAAUGUUUCGCGUCCCGACGGCGCGUCCUCCUACUUCCCAGUGCUCGCGCUGAGCGAGAACCAGUGA